AACCGGAAUUCAGAAAAAAUCGUUAAAUUGCAAAUUUUCAAUGGUUUUUUUUGCAUGUUGUCAAGUGUCACUUAUGCUGACGUAUUACUAAGACGUAUAAUUUGAGGUUAUGUUCUUUGUAUACAAAAACAAUCUCUUUGGGGUGGAACAUUUUCUUUACUGAAAAGAACUAGUGUCGAAAAAACGUAGUCGAUUUAGUGCCGAAAAAAUUCAUACAAAAAAUGGCAAAUAUCGUUCAGUAUGUGAUUGUGAAUAAAGAGAUCAUAACAAAAUUAGGUUGGCCCUUGGGUGCUGUAAUUGCACAAUGUUGUCAUGCCACUACUGCGGUCGCUCAUGUAUUCAAAGAAGACACUGAUGUGCACACAUAUUUUGGCGACAUUGAUAACAUGCAUAAAGUGGUUUUGGAGAUCGGCACCGAAGAUGAGCUACGAAAACUCAGCCAAGAUCUUACCACAAAUGAUAUUAAACAUAAGCUUUGGAUUGAACAACCUGAAAAUAUUGCAACUUGUAUCGCAUUGAAACCAUACGAAAAGGAUGCUGUUAAAAAGUUUACGAAAAAAUAUAAAAUGCUUAAAUGAGACAUAUACGUAAAGUUUGAUUGAAUGACAUUUUUAUUGAUAAAUAAAUAUACACGUGUACAUAUUCGCAUAAAAAUCAGCGAACUUGGUUACUA